CUCCUUCCUACUACCAUGGCUUUGGCGGGUGCUGUGCGACUUGCUGAACCUAAUGCUGAAGAUGCAAUAUUCGUGAAAGACGGAUAUCCCGUUGCCUUCUUUUUUCAUUCGAGUGUCAGGCAAGGAGUCGAUGUGCUCGAACAGGGGAUCACGAGGCAUGGAGGAGUAGUAUGCGAAGAUGAGAAGCAAGCCAAAGUGAUCCUGGUGGAUGAAGAAAUCGACAUCGAACAUAUGCGUCGGCGCUACUAUCGUUCGGAUGUCCUCUGGCAGCAGGGCGUCUAUAUCGAGCCUAGGGAUUUUGUACGCCGAUGCAUUGGAAGUAGAAAAUACGAGCAUCUUCGACCGCCAAGGAAGGGUAUGCCUGGUGCCUCACCAAGGUCCCAGGUUGGGCGCGUACGCGUACCCUUUACCGCGGAAGAUGAUGAACAUCUAGCCUUUUACAUUGCAACUGUAUUUCCUAAUGCUGCUGAUGGGGGACGCACCGGGAAUGUGAUGUAUAGGACUUUGACAGAGGAGCUGGCUCUUGAGCCGGAAUAUACCUGGGCAAAAAGACACACAUGGUCAUCCUGGCGCGAGCGCUACAAGAUGAAUACGUUGCGCUUUGAUCCUAAAAUUGCCAGAUAUGCUGCGCAGCUUAAAAACGUGACUCAUGGUUUCGGUCGCGAUCCACGCUCGCAUCGCUAUAGACGUGGAAGGCAGGUACGAGCACAACGCAUGGAAGAGGAGGAGGAGGAGGAGGAGGAGGAGGAGGAGGAGGAGGAGGAGGAGGAGGAGGAGGAGGAGGAGGAGGGUGAUCGGGAACUAGAACAACAAGCAGCGGGUGGCGCUGGGCCUGAGGACUUGGAUAACCAGGUGCCCGGUGGCGUUCCACAGGCGCGCGAUGAGGUUCAAGAAAACGACAACCCCGAUCAUGAACCUGGCCUUGCACAGCCGGAAUUGCGUAGGCGGCGUCGCGAUGAUCCUGAUACAUCUCAGCGUGCAAGUUUCCAAGGGGAGUCGCCUCAGAAGCGACAGCGUGUGGCCAGUCCGGCCACACCACCAGGACCUCGCACCUCCUCCGCUAUGGAGAAGGGACGACGGGCGAGUGGCCAUGGCCGUCCGGGUCGAAAUUCGGAUGAGAACGAUCGAAGGUCACCGGAAGAAGGAAUUGACGAGCCCUUUGCCCGGAGGGCACUCGAUGGCGCAAUCAGUUUUGAUAUCGAUCAAAUAUCUGAGUAAGUAUUUUUGUUGUGCGAUGUGUCACGACCGGUUAAUUGGUUUGACGUUAUAAAAUUCUACGGUAUUUUUUUCCUGGGCAGACU